AAAAUGUUCGCCACGUUUUGUGUUUAUUCUCGUGAUAUACUUGAUGGAGCCAGCUCCAAACUUUGGCAGCGACGUAGAAACAGUCCAGAACACGACAUGUGAAUCACGUUCAAGAGCUUUGGCCCAGCGCAUAACGGAAUCGGAGACCCAUCUUUACAUCAUAGGACUUUUCGAUGUUCACGAAGAUAGCGGAUGUCACAUUCUAAAACCAACCGGGAUGGAACAACUCUUGAUGACGAUCGGAAUGCUGGAGAAUCGGUUCUCGGACGUCAAUUCUUCACAGUUUGGAUUUGAUAUCUAUGACACCUGUUCAAAUGGAUCUUCGGCGAUAAUCAAUUUAAUUCAUGCUUUACUGAAAGCAAAAGCUCUAGAAGAUGGAAAUGGAGGAAAACGACACAUAAGUGUAAUUGGUCCGAGAAAUCCAGACGUUCAACAACAGAUAUCCUACUUUUUGAAAUCGCUGCAAAUUCCUUACUUUCCUCUGAUGAUAACAUCAAUGAAAAUGGAGAUUAAGGCAAUGGCGGAAGUACUUUUGGAUUUAAAAUGGAUGACUGUGGCCGUUUUCACCACAACAAAAUCGUUAGAAGAUGAAUUUCGGAUUGAGGCCAGUUUACGAAACAUUUGCAUCGCAGCAUCUAUCAUAUUCCAAACGAAAACAAGAUCAACUGCUUUCCAUCGAAUGCUAUUCCACGAACUAUCGUCAUCAGGAGUGCAAGUUGCAGUAGUUCUUGGCUCGAACAUCGAUGUCAUUAAACUCCACGAAAUGGCUACGUUAUUCAACUCAUCCAUUCAGUACUGGUUAUUGGCUGGAAUGGACAUGGAGGAUAUCUUCUUGUCCUCAUCAUUCGGCCCGGACCAACCGAUUAUCAUGUUCAAAACAACAAAUGCCAAUUUGCCGAAAUUCGACAGCAAUAUGACGCAGAGCUACGAAUUUGGAGAGAAGAUUAACAAGCUGAAUUUGGUCAAAAGUUUCUUUGACUAUUUUAACGGUUGUGAAAAAAACGACAAAAGUCCCAAUGAUUCACGUUGUCGAGAGAAACAACUUGAGAACCGCAACCCGAUGUGGACAAUCACUGUGGAGACGGUCAAUAGGUUAACGAAAGAUCUGGAAGAAAGAGGCAUCAUAAAUGCAGAAGAACUGAACAAAACUGAAGAAAAGUCUUCACAUUUUGAAGAUCCCAAUGAUACUUUGGGGGAGGUUGAAAUAUGGACACAUCAGCACGACAUAAGAAGACUUUCCAAACACAAAGCACUCUUGGUUGGUCACUUUAAAGAAGGACGACUAGUUUGGGACAUUAAAAGACUAAACAUAUUCCGUUUCAUGGGCUCUGGAUGGUUUAAAAUACCCGAAUUUCACUGCAGAAAAAAUUGUCAAGAGUUAUGCAGAAACUUCAACAACAUCUCUGUUACAACAGACACAAGCAAUUUGUUCAGCAGAAUUUAUUACUGGAAGCACUCCACGUGGGUGACAGUGUUGUUGACGACAUCCAGCAUCGGAACGCUAAUCUCACUUUUCACAGCAGCGUUUCUUGUUGCUAAAUCCUGCAAAGACGACUUUGAUGAAGGCAACGAAGGCGUACAAAUUUCGAACGUUAUUUUAUUGAUUGCGAUCAUCUUCUCAUAUUGCUGCACUCUUCUAUUUGUUUUCCAAGUAGAUUCCGGUAUUUGCAUCAAACGUGUGAAUAUAGUGGGAGUGGCUUAUGUCCUGAUGUUGGCACCAAUAGUGUCCCGUUGCUUUGUUCUUAUUGCUGCAGAAAUGGAUGGCAUUCAUGGUCAUGUGAGCGGAUUUACCCAAUCCAUUCUUUGCUUUUUCAUCAUGGGUGUCCAAUUCGCCAUGGCAAUCUAUCACUGGAUGAUGAACAACGGAAAUAAAUACAUAAAUCCUAAAUGUAUUUUCAGCAUGAAAGAUAUACUUGUGUAUUUUUCUUAUUCCAUGCUCUUAAGUGUUCUUUGGUUGGUAACGUCAGCAUUCUGCGCUCGCAGUCGAAGAAACAACAAGGAAGGUCUUUUUCUACAUGUUGGUAGCAUUGCUGUUUGCCUGGUGUGGUUGGCGUGGUACCUUCUACUUUUCUUGAUGAGUUCAAGUUGGAAUGAAUUUACAAUUUGUUUCGGCUUGGUAGCUACGGCAACAGCAAUCUUAUUAGUGAUAUUUUUACCCAAAGUAUAUCGCAUAUUGGUUGUUGCGGCUGCUAACGAAAAUGGCCAAGUGGGCAUGCAACCCGUUAUAUUUGCAUCUUGUUCAUCAAGAAGUCCAAACUUGUCCAUCUAUGAAAGUGUUAACCAUGGAUACAACCCUGAUAAGGAUGGGUACAUUGUCGAUGUAUUCAGAGAUGAUGAAGAGUCACCAGGCUUGAGGAAGAUGACUCAUCUAUGAACAAUCUAAUUGGGCAGUCGACUAACUUACAGUCAAAUUGAAUUAAAAUUUUAAGAAACUAAUGAUGCUCAGAUUUUAAUCUGGCUUUGUAAAUCAUGAAAGGACAGAUAGACAGAAAACUUCUUCAGUAGUUCAUUUAAAAACAUCACAAGAAAAGAAAAAUAUAUUGAGAAAAUUUUGUCAACAGUGCUUUAUGUAUUUCUGUUUUUGAAAUGAAGUUCUACUUGGCGUCAAAUCAAGAAACUAGAAUCUCAAAAUUUAUGUAGUAAAUCCAUUUGCUUUCCCCAAGUCAAUCAUUCACAAAAGUUAGUGAGGAAAAUUUAUUAAAAUUUUCAACAUCCAUUUUAACUGUAGUAUAUGAAGAUAAUAAAAGAGAAGUUUUAAAAUUUAAUUUCAAAUAGAAAGCAAAUUUCAAUUACAAUUUAUAUGUUGUUCAUUUAAGCACCUUUAAGACAUUAAAGAUAUUUAUAUAUGUUCUCAAGCAAGAUUGCGUUCAGAGAGGAGUAUGGAUACGGAGCCCCCUCCCCCGAAGUUAUAUACAAAAUGGUACUUUAAUGGUCAUACCGACAUCGUUAUAUACCUGCUCCAACGUACUUCCACUACAACCCCUCACUUCCCUCAAAACAUUUUCUGGGUCUUGUCUUUUAGUGAGUGAACCAAGGAACGAUUCGAAAAAUGAGAUUUGAAAUAUUUAUUGCAUUUUUCACCACUAAUAAUAUCAAAAGUCAGUGCCCGAGCCGAAGAGAGACCUUUCCAACCACAAUUAUUUGACAUUUAAUUUUAGUCAAAGACUGCAACACCUAUACAUCAUGGAGAACCAUGAGCUGUAAUACAUUUAAGGAUUAUGCAAGAAAAACAUAAAAUUUUCAGCAUAAACAGUUUUAAAAAAGUCAAUGGAAAAAAAUAGAUAGGGAGGGGAAAGGGGAUCUAUGAACUAUUGUAAAAUAAAAUCAGACCUGUGAAAUCAGUGGAAGAAAGAGAUGUGGAAGGUGGAAUCCAAGGAACUGUUAAAAAAAAAAAAAACACUUGAAUUGUGUAUUAAGUGUGUUUUAGAAUUGUAACAAUUAUUAUGUAUUAGUGUUUGUAAAUGAAUGUGAAUAAAAUAAACUUUUUUCCAAU